AUGGCCCAGCUGCUUGUGCGUUCUGGCCACAAACCAGUCUGCACUGCUAAAUGGAACAGCCCACCCAAUCAGAAGGAGAGCAUCCGGAUCGAGGAGUUGGUGGAGAAGAUUGCAAAUCUGAAGGAUCAAGGACUGACUGCAGCUGGAAUAGCUUGGAGUUUCAUUAAACGUCGGAUCCAGCCACUUCAAGAGCGAUCAGUACCCGGCUACUUGUACAAGGGCCCAGAGGAUCCAUCAAGGCUGAAGGAGGAUCUCACCCAUGAUGAGAUCUUGGAAAGGGUCGGGAAAUUCUUGACAGGUGUCCAUUCCGAGCCCAAGACUCCUCCCGAGUACUCUGCGACCAACUCUCCUCCGUCAGAACAUAUUGCUUUAUAUCACUCCCCACCCCCCUUGCCAGAGCAUUUGACCGCUGAUCAGAUGACAGAAGCUGAGAUAUCUGGCAGCAAAGAACUUAUAAGCCAACGAGCAAAGGCUGCCGCUCAAUCAAGCUCAGGGUCGAAGAGACCAGUGGAGGAGGGGAGGCUGCAGGUGCAAGUGCCUAAGAAGAGUCGAACUGUGGCAAAGGUCAGAAUGUGUCACGCCAGUGAAGAUAAGAUGCCUGGAUGUCUUCCCAUGACGUUGGUUACUACUUCCUCAGUCAUACUAAUUGAUGACAUUAUUGCUCUCAGAAAACCUGUUUCAAUAGCAGCAGCACCUCCAAUGAUGACUGCUGCAGUGCUACCCUCCUCAGCUGAAGCCUCACAGCAUCUGACUAUUUCUGUAGUCCAUGAGCUGGGUACUCGCCCAUCUGACAAUGUAUCAGCCAGUGAAGAUAAGAUGCCUGAAGGUCUUCCCACUCUAGUUGCUAAAUCUGAGGACCAACCAACUACUCACCCGCGCAGAGAGUCUGCAGAAGCAAAGUUGGCUGAAAAAAAACAAGAGCGCUCGGCCAAGCUCAGAACAUGUCAUCUUGCUGUUCUUGCUGUCCUCGAGAAACAGAUCAAUUCUCUCAAGGAGGAGAAUACAAAAAUUUCGACUUCUCUGAAAGAGCAUGCUCAAACUGAAACCAUACUCAAGGAACAGCUGACCAACCAGAUGGAUUGCUGCAAACACGCUAUCAAUCAGCUGCGCGAGGCUCAGAACACGCGCAAGGAGACAUAUUCUCAGUUUUUAACUAGUAUACAGGAGAUCCAAACGCUGAAUAGAUCCCUGGCCGAAGCUGAAGAAGAUAAAGAAAAAAUCAAGGAGGCUGCCACCCCAAUUCUCAAAUUAGUCUCCAGAUUGUCUGAGAAUCAAGCUUCGACUCCGUUCCUGGAUCAACUGAGAGAAGUACCUGGAUUGAUCCGAGUAUACUGUAAGAAAGCAGCUAGAGUCUGUACUUCAAGAGUACUCGGAACAGUGAGAGCAUACUACCCUGGUCUUGAUCUGACUCGAGUUGGUGAGGGCAAGCCAAAGGACUGCUCAGCUGAAGACUUUGCCAGUCAUAUUGUUGCAAUGGAACCAGUAGCAGAUAGUCUGAUCGAAUCAUUCACCUUGUGA